GCCUGGGCAUCAGGAGAGCCAGGGUCCAUCCCCGCUGCUUGCAUUCACUCACUUAGCUCCGGGAUGCUGCUGUGGCCAAUCCAGGCCCCCAGGAAAGGAUUGUGCGGCUGGUGGGUGCUGGGGUGGCCGUGGGGAUCUCAGCCCCGCGAGGGGUGGGCUGCCCGUGAGCCUGGGGCCCUGCACCCCUUGCUGUGUCUCUGCAGCUGGCCGGCUCCAGUCGUGGAUCAUCGGGGGCCGGGAAGCCAAGCCGCACUCCAGGCCCUACAUGGUGUCUCUCCAAGCCAACGGCAAGCACAUGUGUGGGGGGGCCCUGGUGCACACGCGCUGGGUGCUGACCGCUGCUCACUGCCAGCUGCCACGGAACAGGGGGCCCUUGAAGGCCGUGGUGGGGCUGCACAGCCUGGACAAGGCCUCUCCCUACCAGCAGAGCUUCAGCAUCGCCAGGUCCGUCCCACACCCUGACUACCAGCGGAAGACAAUGGAGAACGACCUCAUGCUGCUGAAGCUGGACAGGAAGGUGAAGAAGAACCGGCAGACGAAGCUCCUCGCGCUGCCCAAGAAGGCGUGGGUCGCUGGGGCACGGUGCAGCGUGGCUGGCUGGGGGGUGACCAAGCAGCCUGGCAAGCUCUCCCCCGUGCUGAAGGAGCUGGACAUCAAAGUGCUGGACGGGCGCAUGUGCAACGGCAGCCGGUUCUGGCACGGCGAGCUGACCCCCACCAUGACCUGCUACCAGGCUGUUGUUAAACGCUCAGCCCCUUGCAAGGGGGACUCUGGGGGCCCCGUGGUGUGUGGGAAGAUGGCGGAGGCGGCCGGCGUGAUAUCCUUCUCGGAUGAGAGCUGCGUCAACGUGUUCAGGCCGCCUGUCGCCACAGCCGUCUUCCCCUACAAGGCCUGGAUCAAGAAGGUCCUGAAGAGCUUGUAACCCUGCCGGAGGCUUUGUCUGCUGCAGCCCCGGCCGGGAGCAGAGCUCAGGCCUGUGGCUCCUGGCAGGAGGUGAUUUUGGGUUGGGUGGAGGGUUACAUCAUGGGGGGGGGGUGUAUGUGAGCAUGAGCACACACAUGUGCGUCUGUGUGUGCAUGCAUGUCUGUGUGUGUGUGGGCACAUGCAGGUUUACACACGUGUAUGCAUGUGUGUGUCUGUGUGCAUGUGUAUGCAUGGGUGUGGGUGUAUUCAUGGGUAGUUGUGUGUGCAUGCAUGUGUGCGUGGGUAUAUGCCAGGGGCAGGCUAUUAUUUCGGGCGGAGGGACACUUAGCGAGUUUUGGCAAGGUAUCGAGGGCCACAUGGGUAGCCCCGCCCCUUCACAAGUGUCCCACCCCCUGGUUGUCAUCUUGGGACCAGAAGUCCCUCCCCUUGCCCCUGGUGAUACUCCUUUCAGUAAGGGGUUUUGUUACCUUGGAACCAGAAAAAUACCGAAUUAUAGUCUCAAAAUCCAACCUCUACAACUUUCAUUAAUUUGAUUUCAAAAAAUAUUUUUGUCCUGCUUUACACCUGUUUGUGUAGCGCACGUAGAAGUGAUCGUAUAAUAGCUGAAAAUGAA